GAGGGCGGAGGAGGGCCAAGUGUGUCGUUCUGGAUUGUGAGGGAGAGCAAGACUUGGGCACCUAGUCGGACCGUGCCGACUCUUCCUUUCCCGCUCGCCUUGUUGCUUGGGAGAUCCUUGGCCUGCUUCUGCCCUGUUCACACUCGGCGCAAUGGACAGUCCGGUUGGGUUAAGUUGAGCGGAUGCCCCUGAUACUUUGUUAUCUUGAUGGGAUUGCCACCACUUGUCCUUGUUGUAAAUCCAGGUCAACAUUGCUCAGAAGGACGAAGCAGACAGUUCUACCAUCCAUUCCUUUGGUUUUGGUUGUUGAUUUUUCUCCAUGUUUGUAUAUAUGGGUUCCGGUAUUCUUCUCGGCGGACUGUCAUCUCGGUCUCGGUGUAAGACGUCAUGC